AUGGAUAGUAACAUCCACCUGAGUAGUUUGAUAAGCCGGCAUGAUGAUGAAGCCACGAGAACAUCUACCUCAGAAGGGCUGGAGGAGGGGGAGGUGGAGGGGGAGACUCUCCUGAUCGUUGAAUCGGAGGACCAGGCAUCAGUGGACUUAUCUCAUGAUCAGAGUGGGGAUUCCCUCAACAGUGACGAAGGAGAUGUGUCCUGGAUGGAGGAGCAGCUGUCCUACUUCUGUGACAAGUGCCAAAAAUGGAUACCGGCCAGUCAGCUGAGGGAACAGCUCAGUUACCUUAAGGGUGAUAAUUUUUUUAGAUUCACUUGUUCCGAUUGCUCAGAAGAUGGCAAGGAGCAGUAUGAAAGGCUGAAACUGACAUGGCAGCAAGUCGUCAUGCUGGCAAUGUAUAACUUGUCUCUGGAAGGAAGUGGACGGCAAGGUUAUUUCCGAUGGAAAGAAGAUAUCUGUGCUUUUAUUGAGAAACAUUGGACCUUUUUACUGGGGAAUAGGAAGAAGACUUCGACCUGGUGGAGCACAGUAGCGGGUUGCCUCAGUGUGGGAAGCCCCAUGUUCUUCCGUUCAGGGGCUCAAGAAUUCGGAGAACCAGGAUGGUGGAAGCUCGUUCACAACAAGCCACCAACAAUGAAGCCUGAAGGAGAGAAGCUGUCUGCCUCUACCCUGAAAGUAAAAGCCUCCAAACCAGCUUUAGAUCCCGUCAUUACUGUGGAGGGCCUUCGAAAACGGGCAAGUCGUAAUCCCGUGGAAUCUGCCAUGGAAUUAAAAGAGAAAAGGUCUCGUACUCAGGAAGCAAAGGACAUUAGGAGAGCCCAGAAGGAAGCAGCUGGCUUUCUGGACAGGAGUACUUCUUCGACCCCUGUGAAGUUUAUAAGCCGCGGCCGCAGGCCAGACGUGGUUCUAGAAAAAGGGGAAGUGAUUGACUUCUCGUCCUUGAGCUCCUCUGACCGCACCCCUCUGACAAGCCCGUCUCCUUCUCCCUCUCUGGAUUUCUCUGCCCCUGGGACCCCCGCCUCUCACUCGGCCACACCCAGCUUGCUUUCAGAGGCAGAUCUGAUUCCAGAUGUGAUGCCACCACAAGCCUUGUUUCACGACGAUGACGAGAUGGAAGGCGAUGGGGUCAUAGACCCAGGGAUGGAGUAUGUACCUCCGCCUGCUGGGGCAGCAGCUUCUGGGGCAGUGGUCGGGGGCAGAAAGAAGGUCAGAGCGCCUGAACAGAUAAAGCAGGAGGUGGAGAGCGAGGAGGAAAAGCCUGACAGGAUGGACAUUGACAGCGAAGACACAGAUUCCAACACAUCUUUGCAAACGAGGACUCGAGAGAAGAGGAAGCCCCAGCUGGAGAAGGACAGGAAACCUAAAGGGCCCAAGUACACCCCCGUGAGCAUAUAUGAGGAGAAGCUGCUCCUGAAGAGGCUGGAAGCUUGUCCCAGUGCCGUUGCCAUGACGCCAGAAGCUCGCAGACUGAAGCGGAAAUUGAUUGUCAGACAAGCGAAAAGGGAUAGGGGAUUACCACUUUUUGACUUGGAUCAAGUUGUUAAUGCUGCUCUUCUGUUAGUUGAUGGAAUUUAUGGAGCCAAAGAAGGGGGAGUUUCCAGGCUUCCAGCUGGACAAGCCACAUAUAGAACAACCUGUCAGGACUUCAGAAUCCUUGACCGAUACCAGACUGCCUUGCCAUCCAGGAAAGGGUUUCGGCACCAGACCACUAAGUUUCUGUAUCGUUUGGUGGGAUCAGAAAAUAUGGCUGUGGACCAGAGUAUCGUCAGCCCUUACACCUCUCGGAUCUUGAAACCUUACAUCAGGCGUGAUUAUGAAACAAAGCCACCCAAACUGCAGCUCCUGUCACAGAUUCGCUCCCACCUGCAUAGGAGUGACCCUCAUUGGACCCCGGAAGCUGACGCACCUCUUGAUUACUGCUACGUCCGGCCAAAUCACAUCCCAACAAUAAACUCUAUGUGUCAGGAGUUUUUCUGGCCUGGCAUUGACCUGUCUGAGUGCCUGCAGUAUCCAGACUUCAGUGUGGUUGUCCUUUAUAAAAAAGUUAUCAUUGCGUUUGGCUUCAUGGUUCCUGACGUGAAGUACAAUGAAGCUUACAUUUCAUUUCUGUUUGUCCAUCCUGAGUGGAGAAGAGCAGGGAUCGCAACUUUCAUGAUUUAUCAUCUGAUUCAGACCUGCAUGGGCAAGGAUGUGACCCUUCACGUCUCGGCAAGCAACCCUGCUAUGCUGCUCUACCAGAAGUUUGGAUUCAAGACUGAAGAGUACGUCUUAGAUUUCUAUGAUAAAUAUUACCCGUUGGAAAGUACGGAGUGUAAACACGCAUUCUUCCUGAGGCUCCGGCGCUGAAGUGAGCACAGCGCUUCACAGAGAGACGCAUGUGCUGUCAGAGGUGGGUCCUCACGUAGGCCCGAAGGCAGGUGUUCACGUCCCUGUGGGCCCUCAUCUCUGCGAUCAGAUGUCCCUUCAGACCUCUCGCUGGAGGCUACACAGGCGGUGGGCAGAGGAAUUGAAUAGUGCGCAGCCCGUCAGCAGAACCACUGUCCUGUCCUGUCCUGUCCUGCACAGGCCUGGGCCCACAUCUUGGGACUCCACAGUUAACUGGAAUCGAGCGGUGCUGCUGUCCUUCCGCCAAACAGCUUCAGCAAUAAAGGAUUCUCGGGGAGAGAGAAUCUGUUCUAAUUUAAAGGAUGAGGAAGGGUGGCAGCCAUUAACGAGGGGUGCUGUGUCAUCGGGACAACGGGAGAUUACAAGGUGAUCACACAAAGGGCCGGCACUUCCCCAGCCGUUGAUGAGCCAUCAUUGAACCCGGAGGACCUUCAGGGCACUGAGGUUCUGCUAUCUCCCUGACUUUGGCCACAGUCAAAAUAAACAUGGUGUUUGUGUCCACA